AAGGAAGGCACAGGUGGGGGACAGGCCUCCCAGGCUCUCACCUUCAAGCCCCUCCCCUGCCAGCCUUCUUGCCCCGUAGCCCCUCCCCAACCCGGGGCUUACCAGCUGACUUUGCCUCCUCUUCCCCUGCAACCUGGGAGUGGUGCCAGGGUGAGAAGGGGACACUGGCACAGACCAUGUGUGUCUGGGAAUUCCCGCCCACUGUGGAGCCAAGGGAGGGGGUCCCCGUGUCCCUGAGGAACCAAUAGCAGCUGUGCCUUGCCCUGAGGGGGAGGGCAGGGUGUAUAUCUCUCAGGCCAGCACUUGGUAGGUCCUGACUCCUCUCUGCCUGCCUGGCAUCCACGGAACUCUACUUUGCCCCGGGGGGCUCUGAGCCCCCCAGGCACGACCUCUGACACAGCCCUUUGGUUGGGAGUGGCUACUGAUGACCCUUACCUCAGGAAUGUCCCAGCCAGGGGUCUCUGUGAAGUCCUUGGUAUCGUCCUAUGAGACUCGAGUGGUGGGGAUGGCACCGGGGGCACCCCGGAAAAGGGGCUGCGUGUCUUCCCCAUGCUCCCCACGGGGGUCAUCCCCCAUCCGAGGGGCAUUGGGACCUCCUUCCCACCAGGGCCUGGGGGGACCUGGGCAGCGACCUUCAUCCCGCCGGGGGAUGGACAAAAGCCUCCUCUCCCUGAUCCUCUACUGUCACAGUGGUUCCGGAAGUCUGGUUGGCAUUGACAACAAGAUUGAGCAAGCCAUGGACUUGGUGAAAUCCCACCUCAUGUUUGCCGUGCGAGAAGAGGUUGAGGUACUGAAGGAGCAGAUCCGCGACCUGGCAGAGCGGAAUGCUGCACUGGAGCAGGAAAAUGGAUUGCUACGUGCCCUGGCCAGCCCGGAACAGCUGGCUCAGCUGCCAUCCUCGGGCCUUCCACGGCUCGGGCCCUCUGCACCCAACGGGCCUUCCGUCUGAGCCUCCUUUCCCUCACAAUGUGCCUUUGGAGGGGGGGCUGCCACUGGCUGCUGGGCCUUGGGCCAGCCGCCUGCCCCCUUCUCCUAUGUAGCUUUAAUGCCCGCACCCAACCCACCCCAGCACCAGGGAUGGGAGUUGAAGGCUCACUAUUGGCCUGUCCCUUCCCACCUGGUCUCCCCGGAGUCCCCAGGCCUUUUGGGAAGAGGGAAAGCCCAGGAUUGGGUGCUUGUCUGGAGCUCCUCAUCCAUGGAAGAACCCAGCACCACCUCCUUCCCUGGGUAUCAGUGUUCUGGGGACCCCCCUUUCCCCCUCCCCAGCAAUAGAUGGCCUGAAAAGAUUUGGAGGUUCCCUGGCAGGCCCCACCCCCACCCCACCCUGUCCCCUCCAAGCACCACCUCUCCUCUGUCCAGGGGAGGGUGUAUGGACAGUAUCUUCAACUUCUGGGAUUCAGGUUGUUAUUAAAAUAAUAAUUAUAAUUAAAAAAAAAUCUGAAGAAACUUGAA